AUGGCGAAGACCAGAGGAGGCCAUUCCGCGUCCCCAUCCUCACCGACACCUCGACCACAUCGAGCUGCCAUGGGAGCCGCAGCUUUGCCACCUGUUCAGGCCCUGGCCAUUCCCCCAUCUGAGGGGGAAGCUCCUUCUCAGCGUCGAUACCCCACCAGGAGGCCACCCACAGACCCUGUGCCACCAGUCGAUCAGGCCACGAGCCCUGUUUCUCGGCCACCAGCGAAGAGAACCAAGUUCUCGGGUCCUGGAGAGCCAUCCCACGCACCUCAGCCAGAGCCACCUACAGAGGACUCCCGGAUUCCUGCGGAUAUUCCUCUCGAGACCGUUAUCAGGCGUCCCAUGAUAGCUAGACCACCGAUAGAGGGCAACUUGGAUUACAGAGAUCGAUCCUUCCACUCUGAGACCUAA